CUAAUGAAUACAUGUCAGCUGUGGAAGAGUUGAGGGUGCUGGUCUGCAAUCCUGCUCAGUAACGGAUUUAAAGCUUUAAAAAGUUACAAGAAAGAGAGGUGAGCUAUGUCCUCCUGUGAGGUGAGGUCCAGAGGCAGGAACCCGUACGCGGCGGUGCGGGUCGACCCAGACAGUGACUACAUCACCCCGGGGACUUUAGACCUGGAGCAGCUGUUCUGGACCGGCACUGGGGCUCAGUAUGCACACGUUAACCUGGUGUGGCCCAGAAUCUUCAUCGGGGACGAGAAAACAGCUCUGGAGCGGCCCAGCCUCAGGGACCUGGGUGUUACACAUGUCCUCAAUGCAGCAGAGGGAAAGUUUAAUAACGUGCUGACUGGUGCUGAUUACUACACUGACAUGGAAAUACAGUACUUCGGUGUGGAGGCUGAUGACAAACCCACCUUCAACAUGUCCCAGUACUUCUGCCCCUCAACACAGUUCAUCCACGAAGCCCUCAUUCAGCCGCAGAACAAGGUUCUGGUGCACUGUGUGAUGGGUCGCAGCAGGUCAGCGGCUCUGGUCUUGGCCUACCUGAUGAUGAAGCAGAGCCUAACGGUGGUGGAUGCGGUGGAGCAUGUGAAGCAGCGGCGCUGCAUCCUGCCAAACCACGGCUUCCUGAAACAGCUCAGAGCCCUGGACAUCAGGUUACAAGAGGAGAGGCUGGCACAAAAAAGAGACAUGCAACAACAAUAGCUCACAAAGAUAACGGAAUGACAGAUAAUAUGUGUUUACUACUUAAAUGUGUCUUCUAAAUCCCUCUCAAAAAUAUCAAAAAUGUUCUUCAGGUUUCUUUAACUACUGUAUGAUUAAAAAAAAAUAUUUUCCACAACUGUGUCAUGGGUGAAAACGUUUCUUGUACGAACAAUCAGCCUGUAGCGUAUGAGUACAUUUAACACGCCAUCUGUGUGUUUUCCUUUUAAAAAGCUAAUAUCAGUAGU